UGAUUAAAUAUGAAGUCUAUGGCUGACAUGAAUUGUACUUUUGAUCAACAUGGGGACUCAACUGGAGAUAGAUUACUGCUCCAGGCGCUGUGGGAUGAUCUGCGAGCGCGACGGGAGUUUCUCACGUCACCUUAUCUGCCCGCAUGCUUUGCUUUCUUCAUCCACAUUCUCCUCUGCUCACCUUUCCUAGUAUUUGAAGCGCUGGGAUGUUUCUGGCCACGGAUAAAUUUCUAUAGGAUCUCUAGGAACGCUGAACCGUUGGGGCUGUGUUUGCAGCGAUGGGUUGACUGCUUUUGGAGGAUUUUUAUCAAAUACCUGACAACUAUUCUCCCGGCCAGCGCGCUCUACCAAAGCGUUCGGAAUCCAAUAUUUCCAGAACUCGCGCCAUCCUGGAGAGUGCUCAUAGCGGAGGUUAUCGCGUGCCUACUUCUAUUCGAUGCGCUGUUCUUCAUAUGGCAUUAUACCAUGCAUCGGGUUCCUUGGCUGUAUCGGAUGGUCCACCAGGCUCACCACCAGAACCGGAUUACCUUUGCCCUGACUGCCCAGGAUGCCAGCCCGGCUGAGCUCCUCUCCCUGCAGGUGCUGGCCCUGACCAGUGCCUGGGUGGUGGGCUGCCACCCUUUGAGCGAGGCCCUGUUCCACCUGCUCAACACCUGGCUGGCCAUAGAGGACCACUGUGGUUAUGACCUGCCCUGGGCCCUCCAUAGACUGCUGCCCUGCUUUGGAGGGGCCCCCUUCCACCAGGCACACCACCACGUCUACAGGGGGAACUACGCCCCCUACUUCAGGCACUGGGACUGGCUUUGUGGGACCUACCUGAGGGUAAGGGAGGAGGCAGGAAGGAAACAUGGAGGGAGGACAAUGAGGAGAAGGAGGAGGAGGAAAAGCCUGGGGUCUGACUGUGUAUGUGCGCAGGCAUGCGUGUGUUAAAAUGUAUGCAAGCAAUGAAGCAUUCAAAUAACUGACAGGUCAGUUUUCACUCUCAAAAUUAUUAUUUUUUAUACAAUUUUGUUGUUUUUCUAAGUACAACAAAGCUUAAAUCACAUCAGGAGACCACUUUUGAGGUGUGGGGAAGAAAAUAAAACUAUAUAUUUUGCAGGUUUUAGUUCCCCUUUUAAUUUCAAUUGAGCACAUCAAGAGACUGGUUUUUGGCUGGCAGUGUUUUUGUACUUUAGUUUUUUUUGUGCAUGUGGAAUAGCAGAGUUUGCAAAACAAAAUACCACCCGAUUUGAUACAAUUCAUUCUACCAGGUAAGCCUACUUUGCAGUUAAUAAAAUUGCUAAUAAAAUCAGACAGUUAACGUCAGCUAGCUAAAGUUACAACAUCAGAUGAGCUAACAUUAGUAACCUAAACAAUUCGCUAUAGUAUUAACUGGUAUACGACUCCUUGCCGUUCCUCAAGUUAUAGCAUGUUAGUUGCUUACUGGACCCUGGCAAUCUAUGUGAAAUGUUAACUAGCUAACAAACUAACCACUAUGCUAACUAAUGUUUUCCCUGUACAGUAUGUGGUUAAUUUUCAGAGUGAGAGAAUUAGGUGAAAAUGAGGCAUUGCGGAUUCAGGGAUCAAGUGUAGUUGGAGCUGGGCCUGGCUUAAACUGGGUGCCACUAUAGAGGUGAAAGGAACACCACACACUUUCCCUCUUUCUCACUUUUGUUGAUGUCCACAGACAGAAAGUGUACAAUUUAAUAAUGUGCAGUGUAGCCCAAAUAUAUUGUUUUUGUUGUGUUGAACUUGACAGUAACACGUGAGUGAGGGGGGAUUAUAUAUAUUUUUUUACUCUGUGAAUGUUAUUUUUGCCAAUAUAGCCUUGUGCACUUGAUCGAUGUCUACUAUAGUGGCCACUAUAAUAGAGCAAAAAUAUAAUGCCUGUUUGUUUCAUUCUAUUUCUACUUUAAGAUGUUUUUUUCCCAAGUGCAAUAUUUGUGUGUGUGGUCACAAACGUUCCAUUAUAAAGGCUGGCAUGGCUAACUGCAAAAUUAGUGUAUUGUUUUUUUCUGUAGACUUGUCAUUUGCAGUAAAGUCUAGGCAACAAAUAACAUUGGAUUGCUUGCUUUACAUUUUUUAGCUGUGAGUCAGGUUCACACGAACCACUUUUUAUUUUACACAUGGAGACUGAUCAUGUAGAUCAUAUUCUUUGUUGUUUAAUUAGU